UCCAUUUACUUCACCGUGUACACUUAUAUUCACCCCUGAUUCUUCUGAAUCCACUCACCUUCCUAUCUUCAUUCUUUCUUCUUGUUGGAGUGUUUCGAUUCCAGACAGAGAUGGAGAGGGAAAGAAGCAAGCAGGUUUCUUUGUUCAUGUGGAUUUUGGUAGCUGGCUUGCUCUUCCAGAACUUGGUUAUUCCAGUUACGUCCUUUAGCUUAGAAGAGCAGAAGAACUACUACCAUCCAGCUCCAGAUCCUCAUACAGGAACUCCCGCCUCAGGUUCACACGGGACACCAUCACACAGUUCAGGAGGUAGCUAUGGUGGCACACCUCCCUAUCAUGGAACGCCAUCACAUGGAGGUGGCUACCCAACACCAUCAACGCCUUCAGGUGGAAAUUGUGGAACUCCGCCGCAUGAACCAUCAACUCCAUCAAGACCACCACGCGUUCCUUCACAUGGUGGAUAUUACCACUCCCCUCCAACUUCUGGAGGUGGUAGUCCUCCAUCAUAUGGAGGUGGUAGUCCUCCAACACCAGUCACUAUAAGCCCACCAACGACUCCCAUUAUUGAUCCAGGAACUCCAAGCGUUCCCACACCUCCAUUCUUUCCUGCUCCAACUCCACCUUUUGGUGGUACAUGCGAUUUCUGGAGGAGUCAUCCAACACUGAUGUGGGGUUUGCUUGGUUGGUGGGGCACUGUAGGCAGUGCAUUCGGUGUGACCAGCAUCCCUGGGUUUGGAGCAACCAUGAGCUUGCGCCAAGCACUUUCAAACACACGUACUGAUGGACUUGGUGCGCUUUACCGAGAAGGCACAGCUUCCUUGCUGAACUCCAUGGUGAAUAACAGGUUCCCAUUCUCAACUAAGCAAGUUAGAGACAGUUUUGUUGCAGCACUUGGUUCAAACAGUGCUGCAGCAGCUCAGGCUCGUCUCUUCAAGCUUGCCAAUGAAGGCCACCUCAAGCCCAGGGCCUAAACGACACCAUUGGUGUGUCAGUUUCUUGAAGCAUUUAUCCACCAGUGUGUUCUACUUAGGUUUUGUGCUUGUAGUAUUUUCUAAUAUCUGUGAUGCUAUAGCUUUCUAUCGGAAAGAUACAUUGUGGAGAAUUAAAUGUUAAUUAUGUUUUCUUAUUGUUAAAUAAGAUUUAAGCUUUUUGUUCCAAUUUCCUGCUACCCCACAUCAGCAUCUAUUUGUCCUUACGUUUCUUCUAUUUGCUAAAGAAACAAACAGGAAAAAUAUUUUGGAUUCAGUUCCACAUAUUCCAAAGUUCUAAUCGAUAGUGUAUUCCUCUAUUUGUUACCUUAUGGCUUGUAUGGAAUCCGUUGAAAGUCUUGU